AUGACAAACUCGAAGGCGCGGCUGCGCGGCCGCGAGCAGGAGCUGCACGACAAGGAGGAGGAGCUCUUCCUGCAGCUGGAGCGCGUCGUGCGCCUCGAGGAGGACUGCGAGAAGCUGCGCGCCGAAAAGGAGAAGUUCGUGCAGUGGAAGGACCAACUGGAGCGGGAGAAGAACGAAGCCUAUCGCCAGCUGAAGCGGCAGGCGGCGGAGUCGGAGUCGACGCGGCGCGGCCUGGAGCGCGGCCGGCAGGAGGUGAUGCGGCAGAAUGAAAAACUGAAAGAAACUCUGACUGAAGAGAGAAAAGGAGUAGGCCACUAUUUGAUGGACGUUUCAAAACAGAAGAAGAGAAUAAGUCAAAAUGUGGUUGGGCUAGAAAAGGAAGUUUCUGAAUUAAAACAUAUGGCAAGACAAAGUGCUUCACUGAACAAUCAGUUUAAAAAAGGCAUGAAACAUUUAGCAUCUUGCAAAAGGAAGAAGUGUUCUGUUUGCACAUACACAAGAACAGCAUUUGGAGAAUACGCUGACAGAAACGACAAGAAGUUAUUGGGAUGCUUUCAAGCUCCUUUGCAGGAUCUGCGCAAUUGGAUUCGACCAGUCCCUCUGUCUGCCAGCUGCUCUGAAGAUGAGAGUGCAGGUCCGUUCUCUCGUGAGAAUGAAGGGCCUGCCACCUCCAGUGCUUCUGGACUUUCUGCCUACCUUGGUCAUGCCUCUCCCCUCCCAUCCACUCGAUCUGAAUACUCUUUCCGGCGAGCGUAUUCUUCGGAAACUCAGACGUCAGCAAGCUCACCCUCUCCCACCCCGUCCUUACCAGCCGAAUGCCUAAGUGAAGGGGCUGUGGGCCCCUUGCCUUAUAUCUCUUACAUAGACGAGGUGAGCACGAGCUCAGAGUCGAGUGGUGAUUCGGGCCAAGGGGAAGAACCCUUCCCAGCCCUGGAAGGGCCACCCUGCGGAUGCCCAUACAGCAACUUGUCCGUCCCCACCGACGCCUCGCUGACAUCAUCGUCAUCAGCCCCUCCUACAGCAGCUGCUGGCAGAGCCUUCUCGUCAGAUUCUGGAUUCUCAUCCGAACUGUAUGACACAGGGCGCCGCUCUCUCCAUUCCAAUGCCUCCAAAGCCGCAACAAGCACACAAUCUGCUAGCAAAGCUGAAAUGGAAGAUGAUAGGCUUCCUAAUUUGAGUCGGUCCAAAUGGACCUCCUCUUUCCGUAAAUUAAUAAACAAGGUAUCAAAAAGGUAAAUAAUGCAUGCUUCUUCUAUUGAAAUUUAAAUGUGGCUGUGAAAUAAGACCUCAUCAGUGAUGAAACCAGAAAUGAUACCCUCACUUUAGAAGCCUGCUUUUAAUUUUAUUGACUGAUAAUUAGUUACAUAAUUUUUAUUGUUUUGAAAUCUGCUGAUGGUUUAUUUUGUAUUGUAUAUCACAAACUUCAUUUUUCUUUUGAAAAAAAUGUACAAGAAUAGUAAAAAUUAUCCAAUAUCUGUAUGUUACACAAUAGCAUCAAAUAUUCGUGUGUUGUAUAGAGAGUUGUUACUUUUCAAUUAAAGAAAAAGAUGAAGGAAAUUUUUAUUUUCUGGUUACACCACUGGUUAAUUAAAGCAUGUUCACAUUUCAAAUAUAUACAAUAUAUCACGCUAAAGUUCUCAUGCUUGUGCAGAUGUAUUCCAAUAAUAUAUAAUUGUUUAACUAACUUAUUUCUGUUGAGUGAAAUCCUUUCAUUUCAGAAAUUACAACCUUAAAAUAAAUGUCUUGUUUUAAAAAAAACAUUUAAAAUUUGUUUAUUUUUGAGAUUUGGAUGGCAGAGCAAUUUCAGAGAGAUGUUUUCUACUCUAGCUGUGGCAUAAUGUUAAAGUUUUAUUUCAUUGUCUUGAAAUUAUUCUUAAAAUGCUGCUAAUUGGAUCAGAACUACUCAUGGAAAUAAAGACAUUAGUAAAUGUUGUAGUAUUCUUUGAAUGGUAAAUAUCUAAAUGAGUGAAAAGAGCAUAACUCCCUUAAAAAUUAAUGAAAUAACAGUAGUUAUGUACAUUAGCAUAUGUUCUAUAGUUGUGCGUUCAUGGAAGUAGACAUUGAUAUUUGCACAUGUAAGAUAUAGUAAUUGUAAGUUAUUUGUGUUUAAUUUAUAGACCUUGUUUUGAUUUCAUUGAUUUUCUUUUCAUUUCAAAAUUUAUUUAGUUAUUAUUCAGUGGCUAAAAAUCAGAUCCUAUUUACCUAAGUAUUCAAUAGAUAUAACUUGUAUCUCCAUUCAAAUUGCUCUUGUGAAUAUCAUUGAUUUCUUUAAUCCAAAUUUUGAAUACUAAAUAAUUCUUAUUUCUUUGUACCAACAACUCUUAAAGAUAUGCAUGAAAUCGCCCAUUGCUGUCGUAUUCUUGUGAGAAGGCAGUUUGUAAGAGAAAACAUCAAGACUGAUUUUUCAAACAUGACCUUUCUUAUUAUGUGUUUGCAUAUGUAUUUUAUGUUAAUUUCAUUGUGUAUUCAUUCAUUUUUGGUGAUGGAAAUAGUACCCCCGAAUACCUCAAUUCUUAGUUACUUUUUGUAUGUAAAGUAGAAUUAAUUCCAGAGUGAAGUUAAGUAUAUUAAAAAUACGUAUUUCGUGUGCAGUUGAGUAUAUUUCAGAAGUCCAGAUCUUAAGUAGUUUCUAUCUUGAUGGUGAAGUUCACAUAUUAAAUGAUUGAGGUAGAAAGUGUCCUUAGCAUCACCUUUCAUAUAGACGUAUUGAUCAAAGAAAAAAACAUUUAAAACUGCCUGUUUUGUACAUAAGAAUUUAUACACCAAUCUAACAUUUCAAAUAUAUUUGUGGCUAGUAAACUAUUAUUCAAUUAGAUGUGUUGUAUGCUCUGUCUUGCCAUUGGCAAAUUGGUACCCAGGAAUAUGUAGGAUUUGGUGUUACAAGGAGCCAUAUUUAGCAAAUCCCAUAAUAAAGUUUAUGAUUGAUUCCAUAAUUAAAGAAUAUUGAUUGUUUCAAAAAUUGUAAAAUGAAUUGUGGAAAAGUAGAUUCAGGUUGUUUUUUAUUUCAGGCAUGUUAGAUUGAGAUUCUGUUACUCUUUGAAGCACUACAGAUUAGUGAGAAUAGUUUGGUGAUGAGGACAGUUCUGUCUAGCUCCGUUGUAGUUUGUAGAAAUUGGGAACCUGGACUUUGCUCAAAUACCAGAGUAAUGUCUGUUUAGGUCUGAAUAUUAUUGUUCUUCUAUGAGGGUGACUUUUGGGAAUCUUGUAAACACUUGUUUGCUAUGCCUAGAUCCCAGACAUAUCUUUAUCAAUGGGAUUUAUGUUACGUUGUCUGCAAAUAUAUUGAAGAUCUCUGAAAAACAUGGUUGUGAAUUUUCCAUUCUGAUCAUCAACAGAUAAUGAUUUGUCAUUUGAAUGGGAAGAGAAUAGAAAAUGUUCCAUUUAAGAUCUAUGAAAAAUACUUUUGAAAAUUUCUGCACAUUGAAAAAUAGUACUUUCAAUGCUGUGUUAUUUGUGUUUUUUAAACAUCAUAUCUAUUAGAGAAGGAGACAGUAGAAUCUACAUUUUAAUUGGAAUCUGAUCAUGUACAUUGUGUUAUGAUAACUUAAUAAUAGAGCAGCAGAUUCGCAAAUUUGGAAGUAACACAUUACUCCUAAACAAAUUUUUACUAAUGUGAACAGUAAAUAGUACUUUGAGAAAUGUAGUUUAGUAUGAAAUAAUUUUCCUUGGUACUCCUAGUAUAAGAUUAUAUGGUCACUAAUAACAAUAAAAUGGCAUUGUAACUUACAUUGCUCAAAUUGGCUACAUUGUAUAUCGAGUUAACUCCUUGACAAUUUUCAAACCGUUGUCAUUUUUCCACUUUGAAGAUUUUAGUUUUUCACAAUUAAAUACAGCAGAAGGGAAUAGAUCAUGGCCUCUUGAAGUGUUUCAGAUAAAAUGUGUAUGGGUUUCAGUCUAAAAAGAAGCAUUGUGGACAUAGUAAAAACUUUACUUACAGACCAGCCAUACAGGGAAUUUCAAAAUUAUGGUUUUAAAAUAUUACAUUGUUAAUCGUUAAAAAGGUGUUUAUAAUUAUUAUAAUCAUAUUUAUUUUUGUUUGAAUUUUAUUAUGUGUUAUUUUCAAAACCAAACUCAUCUCAAUACAGUUGUGAAUUGGUGUUAUUGAAUAUAUUGUUAAAAAAAGGAAUGGCGUUUUAUCUAUUAAUUUUCCUGGACUUUGUCCACAAAUAUUAUUGAUUUGAUGACAAUUGGCACCAUUUUGACAGGAGGUAAAAGACAUUUUAUCUAUUAAAAAUCAUAUUUAAAUUAUUCAGAAUAUUAUACAUAAAGCACAUUUGAGUAGUUAGUUAAGCAUUACAUUGAUUUUCAAAAUAUUGAAAACAGUUUCAAAAAUAGAUGCUUAAAUAAUCACGCCAAUAAUUAAGUUUUAUGGAAAAGGAAAGAAUGAACAAACGUAAAUUGUCAAUUAAUUGAAAUUUAAUUAUCAAGUUUUUUUUUAAUUGUUCGUUUCAUAACCAUUGAAUAUUAUUAAAAUAAUUGCAUCUUGGGUUUAGUCAUUACAUUAAUUGUGAAUAAUAAUAAUAAUGAAAAGUGUACUUCAUAUACAAAGGAAUUUUGAAAACUUGAACUGUGGAAAAACAUUAAAAUACUGAAUAUUUAAAUUUAUCAAGGUGUAAUACUUUGAAAUAGGUAAAUUGUCAAACAUUUGGAGUGAAGCUGGUCUGAAAUGAUUACAUCAUUCCUAAUUGCAGCAUGUUGUAUUGUACUCAAAUUAUACACACUUCAUUGUUUCCUUUGACUGCAACUUUAUAAGGUGGAACACCAUGAGUAUUGACAGAUAAGAGAUUAUUUCACACCAGACCUACACCAACCACAUUGCAAUCUACAGAGUUGGUAGUUAACAAAGAAAUCAAACUGUUUGUUGUAUUACUGCUAUUACAUACAAGUUAAACUUCAUGUCCAAGAAACUAAAUUUUAUAUUAUUGAGAUUUACAUGCCAUAAAACACAGUGUGAUCACAUAAAGAGAAUGAAAAGAAUUUGUCAUACCUUUGAAUUUGAUUUUUCGUAGUCCCACUGUAUUCUAUUUUCAGGUAGGCAUUGAAAUGAUGAAAGGUAAAUCAUUUGUUAAUCCUCCAGUUACAUCCAGAAUCAUUGGAUCAUGUAAUACUGAAGAAAAAAAAUAUCAAGAUUUUAGGGCCUAUGUCUUCUUGCAAUGCCCUGGUUCACUAUUUCAAAAAAAUCUUUCAAUGCCUGUUUUAAAUUGGAAUUUAGAAGUUAGCUGAAUCUGGUGUACUGCUGUAGACUUGCUUGUAAGUUCCAUUCUAGGCACUAGCUUUUUGUGGAAAUAAAAAAAAAAAGUUCAGUUUUAGAAUAUCGUAAAACAUUUUUUUGCACAUAUUGAAUAAUAUAAUACAUGUUCAGAUACUAAUUAAAACUUUUUAUGGAUUAUUCUCUUUCCAUUCUCUCACAGUAACAUUUUCAUAUCUCUGGAUUUCUCAACUGGUUGAGAUUUUCCAGAGCUUUUUAAUUAACUGUCCUGCCAUAAUCUCGACUAACUUGUGUGAUUGGCAAGAUCUGAGAGGGAAUGGCUAAUAAUGGAAAAUGUCCAUGAUAGAAGCAGCAUUGACUGUUAAAUAUUUAGUAUUUUAUUAGAAUACACAUUUUGUAUUUAUAGUAUUGUUUUAUUGUUGAAUUUAUGUUUCUUAUUUUAGCUGAUAAAUGUAACAAAUAUAAAAUUGGUUUAAUUAUUUUAGGACUCAAUGUAGUGAAUAUGGUAUAAUUUGGAGUAUUUAUUUGUAUUGUUCCAAUCACAAUUUUUUUUUAAAUUAAUACAAAGUUUUGCCAUUUGCAUAUUUUUUCCUUUCACAUUGUAGUGUUUCUAAUAGUGUUUUUCCUGAUGAUUAGUGAACAAUGGCAAAGUGCUACUUACAGUACAACAGCGGCAAAGUGCUACUUACAAUGUGUUAUGCCACUGCUAAGAGGAUUAUUGAAUACAAAUACAAUUUUUACUUAUUUACUUGUACAGAACUUUGGAAAUUUGAGUAUUGUAUUAUCAAAUAUUAUCCAAUUUUUAUUGUAUGUUAAAUAAAGUGCAAAUGGUACAAUGUUAAA